GCCCCUGGCUUUCCAUCGCCGAAUACUGAUGAUUGAUGCCAAAACCUUGAGGACUUGCUAGUUUCCUCUGUGGGAAGCACCAUUUCAUGGUCUGGAACUCCUGCAGUCUCUGAGGUGCGUCUAACCUUCUUGCAGUCUUCUCUCUGCACUUGAUUUUCAUGCUUCAGAGAGGCAGCAAUUCAGGAUUGCGAAAAGCUCUACUUAGCCAUGGCUGCUAAUGCUAUGCUGGCGAACAGAAUGACGACCGCGCCUUUAAUGGCGGUGGCCUCGUCCUCCACUCCAUCCGCUGCUCUUGAGGCAACCCCUAGGGUAUUUGGCGUGCUCGCAAGAACUGGAGUCCAGAGCAUGCGUCUGAACAGCGCCAUGUGGGGAAUGAAAUUGCAAGCAACGGUCUCUCCUAAGCCGGUGAAGGCAGGAAGCUCUGUUGCCAUGGCUGCAUACGAUGACGACGAGAUCGAGGAGUCCGAAGAAGACAUCACUGCUGCCUACGAAGCCUUGUACGGGAAGGCUUUCGAGGGUUUGAAGAAGGGAGCCGCUGUCGAUGAGAACCUAAGCGAUGACACUAGGGGCAGGCGUGGAGACCGCCGAGGUGGCAAAAACGCCGAUGAUAAGAUGGAAGAGAGAGUGGUGCAAGUUCGUCGAGUUACCAAGGUGGUGAAGGGAGGCAAGCAGAUGUCGUUCCGUGCUGUGGUCGUCAUUGGAGACAAGAAGGGCACAGUUGGUGUGGGAGUUGGAUCAGCGAAGGAGGUCAUCACUGCUGUGCAGAAGUCGGCCACUGACGCCAGACGUCACUUGGUCACCGUGCCCAUGACCAAAUAUCUAACUUUCCCGCACAGAGCCGAUGGAGAGUAUGGCGCUGCCAAGGUGAUGCUCAGACCGGCAGCAACAGGUACAGGAGUCAUUGCUGGAGGCGCAGUGCGUGUUGUGCUCGAGCUGGCAGGAGUGGAGAACGCUUUGGGUAAGGAGCUGGGAAGCAAGAACCCCCUCAACAACGCAAGGGCAGUUGUGGAGGCUGUGGGCAAGAUGAAACAGUUUAGGGAUGUAGCUAGAGACCGUGGAAUCCCCAUGGAGGAGCUCUGGAAGUGACCUCCCCCACUUGGUGUUCAGGUUGGACGGUAUCGAUUAACACAUUAUUGGUUAGUUUUGUAGGAUUUAUUCUGCCCCACUUUGUAGUUGCACCUCAUUCUCUACCUUUCAUACAAAGAACGAUCUUUUCUAUUAUCUUCCACCUUCAUGUCAACUUGGAGGUGGGCUGGACUUCCACCUCUACCGUGAGAGUUUUAAUGCGUGAUUGACUAGGGGCUACGAAUGUGAAGUAUGACGUGAUGCUUGUAAACCCUACACAUUAUCGAUGAAAAUUUAAAUAAAGGUAUUAAUAAUAGAAACCCCAA